GGUGGAGCAGGAAUCAAAGGGUUGCAAUGAGGGUGACUGCACCAUUGGAUCCCCCUGCUUUUACCCCUAGGUAUAAGCAUGCCUUGUUUUUCCCCCUUAAUGAAGACAUGGCCUGCCUGGGGUGAAUGCUGAGGAGUCAUGUGCGUUUGCCAAGACAGAAUUUGACUUUAAAGUCCAUGAGAGAGGCAUGAAUACACUUUUUACCUACAUGGCUCCAGUCACAUGCCUUAAUUGCCAGUGCCAAGCCAAGAGGGCAUCUACCACAAUGUUCUUUAUUUCUCUUGUUAAAGGGUGGAGGUGAGAUCAGCCCUGCUACCACCAUCUUGUUGGCUGUUGAACCUCCUGGACCUAACCUCAGCCCCCGUGGUCAGAAUUGCUCUCUUACUUUUUUGUUAAGAGAGUUAUGGUUACUUUUGAGAGUUGAGUUCUGCUAGCUGGUUAUGUGCAUCUAGAGUUCACAGCUCAGCAUCAUGCCCGGUAGAAGUGAGAUGAGGAUAUCUGUGAGGGAGGGGGGUCAUUUUGAGGUGAGAAUGUCUGUUCGGCCUCAAGAUGGUUUGUAGUCUUGGAUCCUGUUCAGAUCCUGAAUCAAAUAUCAGUAAUUGCCUGAAAUGCAUUUUCCACCUAUUGAUAUCUGCAUGGCUGCACACCUCCUUUAUUAUAGUCUGUCCACAGGGAUUUGUGCAUUUGGAUCUCCCAAACGGACUUACUGCAGACACUUUUUAACUGGGGAUUAAUAAGAAAGACCAGCCUGAAACUGCAGCUAAUGCAGUCAUGUCAACUCUCCAAGGUCUCUGCAAACAGUAUUUGCAGGUCUGCCAAGAAUCAAACCAGCCAGAAAACCCUUUCAUUGCACAUAUGCUUCGAGAAGCUGAUAAAGACAAUAUAAUGUUGACAAAAGUGUUCACAUUAAAAAUAGCUGGAAAUAACCGCUUAGUGCCUGUACAGAAAAUUACAGAUGAAGAUCUUUAUGUGCUUGUCUGCAUGUUACCCAAGAACAUCUUUAUCACAGGGCUAGACCUUAGAUAUAAUGUAUUAACUGAUGUUGGAGCAAAGCAUAUUGCAGAAUUUCUUCAGAAAAAUUCAUCCCUGCGCUAUCUCAAUCUAAUGUUUAAUGAGAUUGGUACCAGUGGAGCAGAGCUGAUAGCCAAAGCACUACAUAGGAAUGAAGCACUCCUAUAUCUGAGAAUGACGGGCAACAAAAUCAGAAACAAAGGUGGAAUGUACUUUGCUUCAAUGCUGCAAGUCAAUUCUACCUUAGAGAAGUUAGAUCUUGGAGACUGUGACCUGGGUACACAGAGUCUAGUGGCAAUGGCAACAGUCCUAAAUCAAAACAAAGCAAUCAAAGCGGUCAACCUAAACCGUCCUAUACUGUAUAGCCAAGAGGAAGAUACCACAGUUCACAUAGCUCUGAUGCUGAAAAAUAACUCUUGUCUUGUUGAGCUGCAUUUGUGCAAGCAUGAAAUUAAGAACUUUGGUGUGGAGCAACUGUGUGAGGCACUGUAUGAAAACUACAGCCUGAAAUACCUUGACCUCAGCUGCAAUAAGGUAACUUGUGAUGGUGCGAAAUUUUUGGGAGAACUGCUGAAAUGGAACAAAACCCUGGAAAUCCUAGAUCUUCAUUCCAACAGGAUAGAAGAUGAUGGAGCUAUCUAUCUGAGUGAAGCCUUAGCUUUGUACAAUGGGACUCUUCAAGUGUUAGCAGUGGUGAGCAACAAUAUAAGUGGAAAAGGACUUGUUGCUCUUUCAGAUGCUUUGAAAACAAACACAGUGCUUUCCUACAUCUAUAUUUGGGGAAACAAAUUUGAUGAGGCCACCUGCAUGGCAUUUUCAGAUUUACUUAAAACUGGACGCUUGAAACCAAAUUGUACAGAUGUGGAUCCAUAUGAAGUAGAUGGGCACAUAUACCUUGCAGAACUCUCACAUGGCCUGAAAAAGCAUUACUACUGGACACCAAGUUAUGGGCCAGUUGUUAACAAAGAUGCCAAUGCCAGUCUUGCAAUAGGAGCAGUUUCAGAACAUUUGUGAGCAGGUAGCAGUUCAAUAAGUUCAUAUGAAUGAGACUUUUC